AUGGCAGAGUUUGGAUUCCAUACAACAUCUGACGAGGCCGCCACGGCUCUCAAGGAUGCCAUUACCGGAAAGACGAUUCUUGUAACUGGUGUCAGUCCGAAUUCUCUAGGCUCCGACACAGCUCGAGCCAUCCUAGCUCAGAAGCCGGCCAAACUUCUCAUCGCCAGUCGAGCGGCCGACAAGCUGCAAGAUGUAAUCAAGUCCCUAGACAUCCUUCAAGGCACCGUCGUGCAGCCCAUCGUGCUUGAUCUCUCCUCGUUGGAAGCCACCCGCAAGGCUGCCGCCGAGGUAAACAGCUCUGUUACGGUUCUUGAUGCCAUGAUCUGUACCGCCGGCGUCAUGGCUGUGCCGUCAUAUGAGAAGUCCAAGGACGAUAUCGAGAUGCAAUUUGCUGUUAACCACCUCGGACACUUUCUCUUCAUCAACUUAUUGAUCGAGAAGCUGCUCGCCUCGGAGCACGGCGUCGUUGUGACCUAUUCGAGCGAAGCUCAAUCCCGCGCCAGUCUCUCCUUCUUGGACGACCUGUCGUACAACAACGGCAAAGACUAUGAGAAGUGGAGGGCGUAUAGUAAUUCCAAAGCAUGUGAUGUGCUUUUGUCAGUUGGCUUAGUCCAGCACUUUGGCCAGCGGGGUUUACGCUCUUUCAGCGUUGACCCCGGUGUUAUUGUCACCACAGGCCUGACGAGGAGCGUUCCGAUGGAGGAUUUCAAGGCCCUCGGCUGGAUCGACGACAACGGUAACCUGAACUCGGCUAUCAAGGCCAAGACCCUGGCUGAGGGAUCUUCGACCGGAAUCAUCGCCGCUUUCGACUCUCGACUAUCCAACAAGGAUGGCUACUACUUGGCCGACGGAGUCUUGACACAAGAGGGCUUAUUGCCGGGGGCUGUUGAUGCUGCACAGGCAGAAAAGCUCUGGCGUAUUAGUGAAGCUCUGACGAAGCAGGCAGCUUAA